AUGGCCAACACCGACCGCAUGAGCUUCCUGCCUACCAUCAAGUGUUCGACUUGCUCUGUGGAUAUUGACAUCUCCCAGCUGGCUGAUCAUGUCUGUGCUCCAUCACCAGCAAAGAGCAAUGCGCCCCCGAGGCUUGACCGAGCUGCCACGUUUGGUCCGUCGACUGAAAACAAACCGAUGGGCCAGCAACGAACUGGUCGCAUGCCUCCACCGCCUAGGAUAAAUCCAUCCGCCGCCAAUAGACCCUUUCUCUCGCCGUCAUCCGCCAGCAGUUACAAUGACCCCAGUGCGCCCUCUCCCUUGUCGCCAGCUCGAGGAAGGCCACCCUUCAAAAUGAAUCGAAGCGCAACUAGUCCUAUGCCACGAGCGUAUAAUCCACCAUCUCCAGAUCUCCCAUUGAACAUGGAUUGUGCCUUUCCGCCGUUUCCCACUUCCGGUGCCGUCAAGAGGGGGAAAUCACGACACAGAGAUAAACUCGAUCCUCAUCCUCGGUACGCCGAAGCCAGCCCGUUGUAUGCACCGUUGAGCCCACGUAUGAAUGCCGGUGAAAAUAUCGCGAAGCGGAUGGACACAAUUGCUCCUGGGCCUUUCGAUGGGAGGGAAGGGGAUCGCAGGCCGUCAACCUCGGAUGGACGGAAUACUCCUGGACCAAAGGAGGCGCAGCCUGGACAUAAGAGGUCAGCGACGCAAGCCAGUACCAAGAGCAAUCCCGCAGCGGCCGAUCCGAGGAGUUCGUUGUAUUCGAAUCGAUCCCGAAGUUCCACGUUCUCCGGUCGCGGCGGCAGUCAAAAGCAAGAUCUAGAUCCCAUACCGCCAAUGCCUCCAUUGGUUUCCCAACACGAUGAAUCACAAUCGGAAGGAAUCGAAGCUUUCUUGACCCGCCUCCAAAAGGAGACUAUCGAAUUUCCAAAUAAAGGUUUCAAACGACGGUCACGGUCCUUUCCUGGCCGGCAGGAGAACGGAGAGGUCGGUGAUGAUGUUGCCCCGCGAAGACGGCCAUUGCAAUCUGGCCUCUUGUCACCGUCUGCAGAAAACUCGUCAACCUUGAAUCCUAGGUCCGUGAGCCCUAGUGCAUCCUACAAUGAGUCUCCUUCGCUUCCUCCAAUCAAGACGCACGGAAAACAUGUGACCUCAAACACUCUCCAUACCCCCUCGGAUUCUGGCCUAUCUCACGGAUCUUUCUCCAGCGACGGCAUGGUCAGCGCAGCGAGUUCACGUUCUAGCCCCGCUACAUCCGUGGAUUCGGGACCACAUUCGCGCAACGUAUCGAAAACUGAAAACGGUGUCUUUCCGAACGAUGAAUCUAUCCCACGAGUUGCGAGUCCAGAGUCCUUCAUGGACCCACGGACUCCGCCGAAACCGAUACCAGAAAGAUAUCCCGGGGCGCCGACAUACCCUGGAGCACCGAGAUAUCCCGGAGCACCGACGUACAAUAUGGCACCAAACCCCGCCCCAUUGCCCCGGCCGGGCACAUUUUCCAUCGAAGUCCCCGAGUCCCCCCUAGACCCAGCUAUUCAGCAUGGCCAUUUAUAUCGGGAUCCGCCAAGUCCACUGGAGAAAUUCCUUGGGAGUACGCCAACGACAAACGCGCCGAACGCCCCUAAAUCGCACCAGAAGGCUCCGGAGCCUGAACCAGUAACGCGUACCGAGAAACGCCCCACUGGAACGGGCCGUGGAAAGUGUCGAGGAUGCGCAGAGCCCAUUAUUGGCAAAUCCGUAAAAGAUUCUUCCGGCCGUCUUACUGGACGAUAUCACAAGCAAUGCUUCGUUUGCAAGACUUGCCGUUCACCGUUUCCAAGCGCAGAAUUCUACGUCUUCGAUAACUCGCCUUACUGCGAGCAGCACUACCACGAGCUCAACGGCUCGCUCUGCAGAACGUGCAACCGCGGCAUAGAGGGGCAAUAUCUGGAGACGGAUCAGCGCCACAAGUUCCACCCGAGAUGCUUCACCUGUUUGACAUGCCGUGUCAUCCUCCGGGAUGACUACUACGAAGUCAACGGAAAGGCAUAUUGCGAGCGGCACGCAUAUGCCGUCCAGAAGAGCAUGUCGUCGCUGGCCCCUGGGCCGAAUAACCGGUUCCUGAAUAACAACCUUCAGAAGAGGAGGACCAGGCUCAUGAUGAUGAUGUGA